AUGCCUGGGUAUCCACUUCAACCGGACCCACAGAGUUCACACAACUCUAACGGAUAUCCAGGCUACGUGGAAAUGGGUCAACCGGCUCAACAGCAGCCUCCUCAACAGCCUCAACAACAAAACCAGUGGCAACACAUGCAAAAUGUCCCGCGACAGCCUUCAGUCUCAGAUGCGAGCCAAGCUCACUUGUGGUCAGACACUAGUUCCAAUGCCAAGAUCAACAGUGUCAACGACAUGACAUGGUCAGACACUCGCAUUCAGCAACAGCAGCUGCAACAACAGCAGCAACAUAUUAAGAACGAGCCCAAUGUCAAUCAAGACAUAUCGAGACCCGCGAGUCACAUGAGCUGGGACAGUACUCGCGAAGCUCCCCAAACUUGGAACGAAACUGAGAACCCGCAACAAUGGCCCCAACAGAGUCCAAAGAACCCGCGACUAACGCCCUCUCAGCAUCAGCCGCAGCAGUGGCCUCAGCACUCGCCCAAGAUUGUCGAGCAUCCUAGUCCCGCUCAACAAAAUCCGCGGAUGACUCCAGUGUCGAAUCAAAAUUGGCAAACUAGUCCCGAGCUUCAGUCUCAGAACGGGCAUCCCAAUUCUCGGCUGACUCCGCAGCAUCAACAGCAACAGACUCAGCAGUGGCAACAGCAGACCAAAAUUGAAGCCAACCCGCGAUUGACGCCGUCGAAUCAAAUGUCCUGGCCGGACACGCCUACUAGUCAGCCGAAUUGGUCCCCGAGCAGCAUGAAGAGCGACGGUAGUCAGCAGCAGCAGCCUCAGCAAGCUUGGCCCGAUUCUCAGCCCAGUCCUAGACGAACUCCGAGUCAUCAGCCAGCUUGGCCGAACACUAAUCCCAAUCCUAAUCCUAAUUCCAACUCCAAUUCUAAUUCUAAUCCUAAUCCCACCUCUAAUCAAAAUACUAACUCCAAUCCUAAUCCAAGCUCAAAUCAGAACCCACAGGAGAAAAUGGACCGCCAAAUCGCAAACUGGUCCCCAAACUCGGGGCCCGCUGAGAAUCCUGCUUGGACCCAACAGAAUAAGCAGGACAUCCAGAAUUCUGGGGAGAGAGUCAUGUGGAGCAAUGACAGAUCUAAUGGGUUCAAUGAAAAUCAAGAGUCAAACAGGACAAACAAAGUGAGUGAUCGGCUGAAAUCGAUGCUUCUACACAAGCAGCAACAACAGAUGCAACACCAGAUGCAUCCGAUGGGUCCAAAUGGGUCCAACGAUUAUUCCAGCGACGAUCGCGUUAGGGAGUCCCACGAAAACGCGGGUGACACUAAGACACACGAGAAAAGAUCUUCAGAAUACUCGCAACAGUCUAACAUGAUUUCCAUGCCCCAGAACAACGAUGCCAUGACCGAAAGCAGAGUCAGUGACAAAAGUAAAAGUAACGAGUACUAUUCUUCUUCGAGAAAUGUUGAGAUGGCUAAAAAUUUGGGUAGUGGUGAUGAAAUUGUCGCGGAAGUUAAUAAUGAUAACAGGAACAAUCGAAUGGAAAUAAUGAGCAAUGUUAUGUACACUCCAAGACAGAUAAAACAGGAGAUCGUAGAUUACUGUCCAAGCGAUAACGUAGAAGAGGAUCGCAGAAAAGAAAGUCUUCCGAUGGUAAUAAAGUCUGAGCCGGACGAGGAAUCGGUUGAUAAGAAUGAUUACAAGGACCUGCAGACCAAAGAUGAGAUCACCGAGGAGUCAGAGGAAGUCAAUAAGGAGCAGAAAGAAGUUAAGGGUGAGGAAAACGGAAAAUCUUGCGAAAUUUCAACUGGAAUCGGAAGUGGAGCUGAAACAACGGUAACCACAACUGGAAAUUUGAGCUCGGUAACAACUGUCACCACUGGAACCGCGACAGCCAGUGUCGGAACUUGCACUAGUGGAAGUGGAAGCGGAAGUGGAAAACCGGCGCAAGAUGUAGACAAGAGCAAGAACAAUAUGCGGAGCGAAGUACCUGACUGCGACUGUUUUCCGCCAGAUAAAUUUCAACCACAAGGUCCGCCGGAGCCUGGAUCUUACUACACCCAUCUGGGGGCCGCAGCCAGUCUUCCGGAUCUAAGAAAUGAUCUCGAACGGAGAACUGGGCUUAAAGGAAAUGCGAUACGAUUUGAGAAGGUAGUUUACACUGGAAAGGAGGGAAAAACUACUCAAGGAUGUCCGAUGGCUAAAUGGAUACUGCGGCGGUCAGGGGUAGAUGAGAAAAUAUUGUCAAUCGUAAAGCACCGCCAGGGACACAAAUGCGCCACAGCGUGGAUCGUAGUUGUAAUGGUCGCGUGGGAGGGUGUACCGACCCACGAGGCAGAUCGCAUUUACUCUCUACUCACCCACAAACUGAAUCGAUUCGGUCUUCCGACGACACGUAGAUGCGGAACCAAUGAACCGCGAACUUGCGCUUGUCAAGGUCUCGAUCCGGACACCUGUGGGGCCAGCUAUUCAUUCGGGUGCUCCUGGUCUAUGUAUUACAACGGAUGUAAAUACGCUCGCAGCAAAACCGUUCGCAAGUUCCGGUUGUCCGUUAAAACUGAGGAACAAGAAGUUGAAGAAAGAAUGCAUGUACUGGCGACUCUUUUGUCGCCAUUGUACUUGAGCUUAGCGCCCGAGGCCUUCAAUAAUCAGACGCAGUUCGAACGUGAAGCCAGUGAGUGCCGUCUAGGGUUCAAACCUGGAAGACCUUUCUCUGGAGUCACCGCUUGCAUUGAUUUCUGCGCUCAUUCCCAUCGAGAUCUCCAUGAUAUGAACAAUGGCUGCACUGUCGUGGUUAGUUUGACAAAACAUCGAAGCCUCUCAAAAUCUGAUGAUGAACAACUACACGUCUUACCUCUCUACAUCAUGGAUGAAACGGACGAGUUUGGAUCCAAAGAUGGACAGCAAGAAAAAAUCAACUCCGGAGCUAUUGAGAGACUUUCAAAGUACCCAUGCGAAGUGCGAGUUCGAUCAGUGCCCUUGCAGCCAUGCAGACGACACGGAAAAAAGCGCAAGGAAGACGAGACAGAUGUAGCAAACGCAAAAAAAGAUGCGGCGAAGGAAAAAGCUGCCGAACGACCACCUUAUCAAGAUCCAGCGCGAACGAUGAGAGACCCACAACUAUCUCUAGAGAUGAAUCCGAUGUUUGACGGCAUGGAUGCUCAGCUCCAGAGUUCUCAAGUGUCAUCGACGGUUUUGGACAGUCCAGUGUCCAUGUAUCAAGGCUGGGGCUUUCAGGGUGACCAGCAGUGGGCGAGAAACAACUGGCUAGAGCAGCGGAAAAACAACUGGUUAAACCACUGGAGCGAGUAUUCAUUUAGUGGGAUGGAGCGUGAUAGCAAAGUAGAUCCCGAUAGCACCAGUCUGGAUGAUAAUCGACCUCGCAGUACUUAUUCGCAAGAAGACCAUCGUCCAAGAUCGCGAAAUCUGCCGGAUUCACCGAUAAAUCGCGGAUACAAUCAGUCACCUCGUCAUGCGAUGUCGCCAAGGAACUCUUUACCAGCUACGCCUGGAGAAGUUAGUUACGCAAGCCACACGCUUUCCCCGAGGGCUCUUUCGACUCCUCAUGAUCCAAAAAUGAUGUCACCCAGGAGUUCUGGAUAUCCAGCACCGCCUACUCCGCACACCAAUGACUCAAACUACAGUUUGCCGUCUCCGUCUUAUGGUAAAAAUUAUCCAGGCUUCAAUGAUAAUAAUAAUCGCCAGCCUAGUAUGUCACCGCGUGGAUAUUCGACUCCUCACCCUCAACACCAUGACCAACGUUCGUCACCAAGAGGACAGCAAACUCCUGGUCCGGAAAUUCACAGCCAUAUUCAACGAUUGCCAUCCCCGCGAAAUGACAUUCGCUAUCCAAGCAAUAAUAAUCAAAAUAAUAAUAACAACAGUAGUUACAUAGAUCUACAACAAAGGCCUGGUUCACCGAAAUCGCGUAACCAAGAUUAUUACGGGCGUUUAAAUCAACCAACAAACCAGCCGCAAAAUCCGACAUACAGAAAUGAUUACCACGAAUUGAAUCCCGUUGGAGCAAUGCAUCAGGCGGCAAUGUUUCCAUACCCGCAACAGCAAUACGAUAAUUACAAUUACACGGAGCAAAAGAAAGAACAAUUGCCGACCGCAAACAAUUGGAACGCGGUCGAUAAACCAGCUCCCGUGUGGCCAGACCGAGCACUGCACUCGGAACAACCGAAGAAUCCGUGCAUUGAAAUGACGGAUCCAUCGCCAUUUCGCGUCCCAAAGGGCCGUCCGCCGUCCAGAACUACGCCUAAUCAGAAUCCGUCUGAAGCGAGCUAUCAGAAUACAUUUAAUCGAACCUUUCUUAAGCCUCAAAUACCCCAGGAACAACCGAUCAGAGCCGAUUAUCAUCAAGAUCCAAAUGCUCCGCGAACACCAUCGUAUUCUACAGCUAAUAAAGAGGGUUAUGACCGUCCUGUUGCCAAUCCGAUGUGGACUGAAGAAAUGAAGGUUCAGGAGCUACACGCGAUGUCUAAUUUGAGUCACUCGUUUCCCCAGUAUCCGGGGUAUCCUAGUUACACGGGCUUUGAGAAACCUUAUGGCAAUACUUGGGAUGGUUACAAUUAUCACCAGUACCCUCCGCAACAUCCCGUGCAUUCGCAACAUCCCGUGCACCCCCAACAUCCAGUGCAUCCUCAACAUCUCGUGCACCCUCAACAUCCCGUGCAUCCUCAACAUCCAGUGCACCCUCAACAUCCGAGCCAUCCAGUUCCGCAGCAUCCAACGCAUCCUGCUCAUCCAGAACACCCAACGCAUCAGAGUCAUCCGAUACCAGAGUAUCAAGCACAAAUUUAUCCACCUAAACGGGAGCCUUAUCCACCGCAAUAUCCUUAUCAAAACGUAACACCACCUUAUCAAGGAUGGAACAGAUGGGAAACUCCUCGCUGGGAUAUUUAUCCUCCACCAUCAUACUUUCCGGUCUUGCCUGAGCCACCACCAAAAUCAGAACCUCUUGGCGAAGUCGCGGACUACUCUGACAACGAAGAGUGCUUCAAGGACGCUCAACUAGGUGGCGUUGGCAUUGCUCUAGGACACGGCAGUGUUCUGUUUGAGUGUGCGAAACACGAACUGCAUUCUACUACUGCGCUGAAAAGGCCCAACAGACUCAACCCGACGCGUAUCAGCUUAGUGUUCUAUCAACAUAGAAACCUAAACAGGCCGAAACACGGUUGGAGUGAGUGGGAGGAAAAGAUGCGGCUUAGAAAAUUGGGAAUCACGACCACAACUUCCAACACUUCCAUGUCUAAUAGUAUUAAUGACACGAUUAAUGCAGUGGCUGCUGCUGACGGACCCAUAGUUGAAACUCCACCGACCCCGACUCCGCCAAACACAGACUCCGGGCCCAGUGAGGCCCCUUCCGAGGCUUCCGACAAAUCUCUCCAUGUUAACACGACGAACUCGCAGUUUAUGAUGCGUUCGCCGACUUAUACUACGAUGACUUGGACAACUCUGUUCCCGAUGCAUCCCUGCAUGAUCACUGGGCCCUACCAAGAGGGCGGUGCUAUAGGAUGA